UUUGUUCAGGGAGACCAAAUUUAACGAGACAUUGGAGUCCGGACAUGAGAGAGAGAGAGAGAUGAGGGAGGUGUAAGAAACUGGAAGGAGUAGGUGUUGUUGGCAUUCUGACCUAAAGCUUGUGUCUUUCUGCUUCGUUUGUAUCUUCUGCUGCGUAAAGAGGAUCCCUUUCUGAUUCUUCCGUAAAUUUCGUCUCUGAAACUAGGGCUAAUACUUCAUCUACCGAUCUCUAUAUUCUGGUUUUUCCAAGUUCUUGGAAGGAAAAUGAUGAAGGUUUGCUUUUGAUCCGGCUUGGGAGUUUUGAUCGACUUGAUUUUAACUCCAACUUUUAAGAAGUCUUUAGAGAGUAUUUUGGGUGGAAAGAUGAGGAAUAAUAACUGUAACUUUGCUGAAUGGCAGCCAUAUGCUCACAGUGGUUGAAUAUAGUACGUCAGAAGUUCACACAAGAUAUAUAUAUAAUUAUUAUUGGGUACCACCUGCAGAAUGUCAUUCCGCAGCAUAGUUCGUGAUGUAAGGGAUAGUUUCGGGAGCUUAUCUAGGCGUAGUUUUGAUGUCAGACUUACUGGGCAUCAUAGAGGAAAAUCUCAAGGAUCAGUGCAGGAUUUGCAUGACCAGCCUCUAGUAAUUCAAAAUAGCCGCUGGGCUAGCUUACCCCCAGAAUUACUAUUUGAUAUCAUUAGACGGCUAGAGGAGAGUGAGAAUACAUGGCCUGCUCGAAAGCAUGUUGUUGCAUGUGCUGCAGUUUGCCAGUCUUGGAGGAAUAUGUGCAAGGACAUCGUUAAGAGCCCAGAGUUUUGUGGCAAACUUACAUUCCCUGUGUCCUUGAAGCAGCCUGGGCCACGGGAUGGAAUCAUUCAAUGUUUUAUCAAAAGAGAUAAAUCUAAUUUAACAUACCACCUAUUCCUUUGUCUCAGCCCUGCUUUGUUAGUUGAAAAUGGAAAAUUCCUCCUUUCUGCUAAGAGGACAAGGAGAACAACUUACACAGAGUACGUUAUUUCCAUGGAUGCUGACAACAUCUCUAGAUCCAGUAACACUUACAUUGGAAAGCUGAGAUCAAAUUUUCUUGGUACAAGAUUCAUUAUAUGCGAUACACAGCCUCCAUACUCUUCUGCCCAUAUAUGCCCUCCUAUGACUGGGAAGACGAGCCGUAGAUUUUAUUCCAAAAAGGUCUCGCCUAAGGUCCCAUCUGGGAGUUACAACAUAGCUCAGGUAACAUAUGAAUUAAAUGUGCUUGGAACUCGAGGCCCAAGAAAGAUGCACUGCGUUAUGCAUUCAAUACCAGCUUCAGCACUUGAUGCAGGCGGCACUGUUCCUGGCCAGCCAGAGCUUCUUCCUCGUCCCUUGGAGGACUCGUUUCGGAGCAUCUCGUUUUCAAAGUCUCUAGAUCGUUCGAUUGAGUUCAGCAGUUCACGAUUUUCUGAGAUUGGGGAAUCUAUCAUCGAGGAUGAUGAUGGCAAGAUGAGACCCUUGGUUCUGAAAAACAAGCCUCCAAGAUGGCACGAACAGUUACAAUGUUGGUGCCUUAAUUUCCGUGGACGAGUAACAGUUGCGUCUGUUAAAAACUUUCAGUUGAUUGCUGCCACCCAACCACCCGCUGGUGCACCUACACCAUCUCAACCAGCUCCACCGGAGCAUGAUAAAAUCAUUCUUCAAUUUGGCAAAGUUGGUAAAGACAUGUUCACCAUGGAUUAUCGGUACCCUUUAUCUGCAUUCCAAGCUUUUGCAAUAUGCUUGAGCAGCUUUGACACCAAAUUGGCUUGUGAAUAAAGAUAAAUCAUGAAGCUAAAGGGUUUUAAGUGAGCUAAUGAAACAGUUAUGAUGAUGGUAUCUUUCCCGUUGUUUAUCUUUCUUUUUCUAUUUUCAUUACCAGUAUCAUGGGAAUAGGCAAUUGUUGUUACUCAGCUUCUGUAUGAUUAAAUUGUAACCGUAGUUCAUCUCUGAUGUAAUAGGAUUUUGGAGCAUUUUUAACAUACAAUGUUGCUAUGUUUCUUUCUCAGUUGAUUCCACCAACAAACCAUCAUUUAACAUAUAUUUUAGGCUAUGCUGCCGUCUA